AUGCGGACCCAAGCAUUACUCGAACGUGUAGCUAAAGUGGAAGCGGCUACUGAAGAUAUUGAUCGUCGUUCCCGAUCAAGUACUCUCGAAUUUCGUAAUAUCAGGCUCCCAAAUAAAACUCCUUGUGUGGAAGACUUGCUAACCGCUGUUACAUGCAUCUUUAAAGCGAUCUCCGUAGACGUAAAUAAAUCAGACAUCUACGACAUUUACAAGCUACCAUCAAGAUCGGAUGGCGUCACAAUUGUCUGCAGACUAAAUUCAGUUCUCCUGAAAGUUAAAAUACUACAAGCAUUUAAGGAUUAUAACAGGCGCAAUAUAAAUAACAAGCUUUACUCAACAAUAGUGGGCGGCUCGCAGCAUCCAGUGUACAUAGGCGAGCAUCUGACACCACAGUCUCGUCGACUGUUCUACUUGGCUCGCGAGUACGCAAAAGCGGAAAAUUACAAGUAUUGCUGGACUUCAGGUGGCCGGGUGAUGCUGAGGAAAGCAGACAAUACAAAACUGGUCAUGGUUACCUCUGAGGGCCAGCUUUCUGGACCCCAGUCAAAAAACUAG